ACUUCGAUACGGCAGCUCGGUGAGGAAAGUUCGAUGGAGUGUGAGUGAACAACAAAACCCAAACAAAAUAUGAUGCAUGCUUACAGCGGAGGCCAAGUGCGUGACAGGUCGGCCAGCGUUGUGCCACUUCCAGAAGCAUUUGCGCGGAAUAAGCGCUUUUGUCUGUUUUUGGGCAACAUUAGCUCGCUCUACGACGAUAGAAUGCUUGGUAUGUUGUUGAACCUAUAUGGCCCCUUCCGGGAGAUGAUCUGCUCGCGCCCCACAUUCCCCGGCGCAGUAAAAAGCGCAAUCGUCGUUUACGACCAGCCAGAACCGCUGGAGAACGCGGCCCGUCACCUGAACGGUGCUUGGCUGGCGGGCACUCGGAUGUACGCGGCGGCCAGCUUUACUACCACCAGCCGGCCAAUCCUGACGUCCACCGAGCUGCACGUUACCAAUUUCAGCGAAUGGAUCGACGAGGAAGUACUACACGAGCUUUUCGGUCGGAUAGGGAGGGUGAUGCAAAUUGUAAUGGGCCGGAGCGUGUACGGGUACCGUGAGGCGUAUGUGUCGUUUAGGUCGGCCAUGGACACGGAGGAGGCACACUUGCAGCUCAACGGAUGGGAUAUGGGCGAUGGGUUUGCGCUCCGCGUGCGACAUUCUUACACCGUGCACGGUGGAGCACCAGUUUCGCCGGCCGAGUUCCAGCGCCUGCAGACGAACCGGUUCCUCGGUGGGUACGUACGCGUGUCCGGCUUGGGGCAGUCGUUCGGAGCGGUGCGGCUGCGCGAACUGUUUGGGACGUAUGGCCUCCUGAGGGAUGUGUCCGUGCUGCGGGAUCAGGACCGAGAGCCCCUCGGUUGGGCGAUAUUGCGCUAUCAGAGCGAUAAACAGGCCCUUUUCGUCUCCCGCAUUAUGGACAACACCGUGGUGGACGAUUCCCGUCUCAAGGUCGUGAAGCUGUCCAGCCAACUAUUGCCGUUCACUGACGCUGUCCCGAUCGACUUGAGCACAGCAUUUAUUCCGGCGGUGGCUAGCUCAUCGGCUGCCUCAUCCCUCUUCCCAAGAGCCUGGUUGGGUGUGUAAUGUCUUCCACGUGCUUUCGUCCAGUCGCUGUUGGAUUCCAUAUCGCUCAUUCUAAAGCUUCGUUUAUCAGCGAAGCAUGCAUCCUGGCAGAGUGAAGUGGCUCCCCUCGCUGAAGAAUAGUGAUCGAGUGCAAGUAAAACGUGCAAUUUCAAGUUUUUUUUUAUCUUUGUAUAUAGAUUCAAGGUUCACGUUUACUUUCACUUGAGCAAGGAGUGGAGCUCAGUGCAUUAGAAAAUGGUUGUUUUACACUGAUUUGAAUGAAUUUGGAAUAACUCACCAUUGUACUUACUCCCAAUCGCAUACCAUUUCCAUUAUCAGUCUAUACGAGAUUCGUUAGAAAUAUUUUUGAAACAAAAUAAAACUAUACUUUAUAAACAUCCACA